AUGGAAACUUGUGAUGAGAGUGAAACGGAAGAAGCAUGGGAGGAUGAGAAGUAUGAAUAUGACAAAGCCUUGAAUGCAGAUAGAACUUACCUUAAGUUCAAGAAACGGAUAGAUGCAAAUCCGGAGCAAUGUUUCAGGUACUCGUAUGGAGGUAAACCAUUACUGGCAACCGAAGAGCUGAGAUCUUCCGAGAAGUGCAGGCAUUGCGACUCUCCGAUGCUGUUUGAGAUGCAACUCAUGCUGCUUUGA